UUACGCAUGCUUUUUUAUAGAACUACCUUCUUACUCAUCCAUAAAGCAAAAGUCCACUAGGUUGAGAUACUAUUCGGAUUCCCCUUCCCCAAUAUUCCCCAAUAUAUAUAUAGAAAGAACCUACAAAAGUAACAAAACUCUUACCUUAAUAAACAAUGUGAUUCGGAUAAUACACCUCCAGUAUAUAUGCCACCACAUCUGUUCUUUUGGUUAGAAAGAGAAUAUUAGGAAUAAAAAAGUUAGCAAUAAACUACCGAAAACGAAAAGAGCAAGUCAUUGCCCGGAAGAGAAAGCCGGUUCCUUGCAUCAUGCGCUAAUGAAAUAAAAAAUUACAUAAAUUUUUGUUCAUGUAUCAUUAUUUUAUUUGCACAACGUAACUAAAAUAGCGUACUCAAAUUUUUAUUCCGGUAAUGACGAAACUUCUGGGCAAAUAAGUGAGAGAGAAAGGCUAAAAGCUCCCAACUUUCCACCUUGAACCACUCCUUGCUAACUCCCAAAUUCCCAAUUCAAUUCGGGUCAGUCAAAAGUCAAAACUUUUUCAGUGUGCCAUGUGUGUGUGAGGAUAUUGGUGGCCGAGGAGACUAUUAGUUGGAAUAGGAACGUUGAAUCUUUGAGAGAGAGGGGUAGAGAGAGGGAUACGGAUUCUUUCUUCUUCUAUUUUUGGUCCGUUUAGUCUCUUUUUAUUUUAAAAUCCGUGAUUAAGUCAAGUCAGUUGAUUUUUUUUACAAUCUCUUAUUCAAAUGUUCGUGCCGACGUCUGUUGAAUUUUUUUGUUUUUUUGUAAAAAGAGAGAUAAUAAAAUCCAACCCGAGAAUCUGUGAGAGAGAGAGAGAGAGCCCCAUUGGCUAGUGCUAUAUUUAUCCACACCCACCAAGGGCAGAGAAAAUGAAGAGGAAACCAACUUUUAAGUAAUUUUCUUUUCUUCUGCUUUUUUGUUUUGGGAGAGACAUAUGAACCAACGGAGUUGGCGGUCCGUUUUUGCUUCUUUGCCCUGUAAACUGCAGCGUUUCUGCCUCCUGUCCUCCUAUUAUUUAUUCAAGUUUCCCUCUUUUUCUUUUGAUAUCCUCCCAUGGCUUAAAGAUUGCUCCUUUCUUUCCCCAUUCGAUUCCAAAUCGCUCGUUUCCCAAAACCCAUUUCUUCAGUUCCCUAAAGGAUUCAUGGGUAGCGUAAGUUUGCAAGUUUUGAAUAGGAAAUAGGAUUAUACAGAGAGAUAGAGAGGGGGAGCUGUGAGUCACGGACAGGUGAGGUGAGUGGGAAGUUUUGACGGUGUGGGCAGAAUGUGGAGGUGGUGCAGUGGUGUGUUGGUGAGACAUUUGGGGGUGGGGAAGCCCAACGGCGCCAACCCCUGUUUUGGAUUCAAGGAUUUUGCUAACCGGGAAUGUGGGUUGUUGAAUUUUCCUGCAACUUCGUCUCUGGCGCUGAUUCCGAGGAGAAGAAUGUCGUCUUCUUGUGAUUUUAGCGGCGUUGGGGGUGGCGGAGUAGGAGGAGGAGGAGCAGAUCUGAGCAGAGGAGUAGGAGAGACGAUAUCGUCUUCGGAGGCCAAGAGGAUGAUGAGGCUGGUGAAUGUGGAGGCUUUGAAGGCAAAGCUCGGGACAGAAGGGAAGGAGGCAAUACCGUAUUCUGAUCUUCUGGAGGCGUGCCAGAGCAUUGGGGUUGCCAGAUCUCCGGAGGAAGCUGCGGCUUUUGCUCGGGUUCUCGACGAGGCCGGCGUCAUCAUCCUCUUCCGGGACAAGGUUCUCCUCCAUCCUAAUAGGGUUGUGGAGCUAGUUCGAAAAGCAGUACCCCUUUCUUUGACUCCGGAAGAUGACCCCUUGUGGGAGGAGUUAAAACAGCUGCAGAAGAAGAAGGAAGAAAUUGAUGUGCUGGCGCAUAAGCAUGUCCGGCGCAUUCUCUGGUUUGGCCUGGGGGUUGUCCUGACACAGCUCGGGCUCUUUUUCAGGCUAACAUAUUGGGACUUCUCAUGGGACGUAGUGGAACCACUCGCGUACUUCACAACAACUUCUUGCAUUGGCAUAGGCUAUGCCUACUUCUUGAUCACGUCAAGAGAUCCGACUUACCAAGAUCUGAUGAAGAGGCUCUUUAUCAGGAGGCAGAGGAAACUGAUCAAGAGUCAUAAUUUUGAUGUCAAAAAGUUCAAGGAGAUCCAGAGAAAAUGCGGCAUACCUCUACACGCUAGUGCCUCGAUUAAGAACCGGGUAGGCCUGGAAAUAGAGCUCGACGACUCUUUACAUAGAGAUUAACACUUACAAUUUUAUACUUUUGGCCGGGGUAGGGAAAAGGCCGGAUGUUAACUCAGACUCUUCUAUUUUGUUACAAUCUGGCCCCUCCUGGUUUUAUGUAGGCAGGGGCCAGAAAUUUUAAUUUUAACAUGUAGCUUCUUACCUACCUUUCAAAUUUUUUGGCACAAAUACUUAAUUUCAGCAGAGCUUCUGCUUUUAACUUAUGCAAAUUGCAAUGGAUACUGCUUUUGGCUCA